AUGUCGCCCACAGGGAUGCCCCCACUCGCCCCCACUGUUGCCAGCCGGCACGUUGAGGUGCACACGUUCACCUCUGAGCAGAUCGAGCACCUGCACCGGCGAUUCAAGCAGCUGAGCCGGGACCAGCUGACGAUCCGGAAGGAGAAUUUCGACAGCAUCCCCGACCUGGAGUUUAACCCGAUUCGGGGGAAAAUUGUCCAUGCCUUCUUUGACAAGCGGAACCUGCGGCAGGAGUCGGAUGGGCUGGCAGAUGAGAUAAACUUUGAAGACUUCCUGACCAUCAUGUCCUACUUCCGACCCAUCGAGAUGAACAUGGAUGAGGAGCAGCUCGAUCGCUUCCGGAAAGAGAAACUCAAAUUCCUCUUCCACAUGUACGACUCAGACCACGACGGGAAGAUCACGCUGCAGGAGUACCGAAAUGUGGUGGAGGAGCUGCUGUCAGGGAACCCCCACCUGGAGAAGGACUCGGCGCGGUCCAUCGCCGAUGGGGCCAUGAUGGAGGCAGCCAGCAUCUGUGUGGGACAAAUGGGGCCGGACCAGGUGUACGAGGGCAUCACCUUCGAAGACUUCCUUAAGAUGUGGCAGGGAAUCGACAUUGAGACCAAGAUGCACGUCCGCUUCCUCAACAUGGAGACCAUCGCGCACUGCUACUGA